UGUGAUGUCAUCGGUGACGGCGACCGACGGCAAGCAAGUCAAAAAUUUGUUCAAGAUUUUGUUUUGAAAUUUUGUAGUUAAUUUUAUUAUUUUCUACCGCUAAACAACAUAAAAAUUAUAAUUGCGACUACCUAAAAAAGCGGUAUAGUGUUAGUUCAAAAUGAUGCCCUUAUACGAGGGCAUAGCCCUCAUACAAGAAAAGCAAGCUGUGGUUUUGGAUUUAGGAUCCGAGUACACAAAGUUCGGGUUCACGGGGGAGCCGGCGCCGCGCUGCAUCGUGCGCUCGCAGUUCUGGAGCGCCGCCGAGCGCCGCAUGAAGUGCGUGCUGGACUACUCCACCGCGGAGGAGCUGUACGAGAACCUCGUGCACAUGCUGCACCUGCUGUACUUCAGGCACGUGCUGGUGAACCCGAAGGAGCGGCGCGUGGUGGUGGUGGAGUCGCUGCUGAGCCCCACGCUGUUCCGGGACACGCUCGCCAAGGUGCUGUUCGAGCAUUAUGAGGUGGGCGGCGUGGUGUGGGCGGACGCGGCGCGGCUGGCGGCGCUGACGCUGGGCGUCCCCUGCGCGCUCGUCGUGGAUAUCGGCUAUCGCGAGGCCGAGGUCACUGCCGUCUUACACUCGGUGCCAUUGAUCCCGGCGCUGCAGUGGGCGGCGCGGGGGGCGGGCGCGGUGCGGGGGGAGCUGCGCGCGCGCCUCGACAGAGACAACGGCGAGGAGUUGGGGCUCAGUGAUGAGGUGCUGGAGGAUAUACACGUGAAGACACUGUUUGUUGCUGACCGCGAGCGCGCGUGCCAGUGGGACUCCCCCUCCCCGCCCGCCCCCGCGCCGUCAGUGCAGUACCCGGUCGCGGGAAGGGCCGCCAUCACUGUGUCAGGCGAGACCCGGGAGCGCUCGGCCGAGGUGCUGUUCCAGCGCGACGGCGACAUGACCUCGCUGCCUGACCUGGUGCUGACCUGCAUCAUGAAGUGUCCGAUCGACGGGCGCCGCCCCCUCGCGGAGAACAUCCUGGUGACCGGGGGCGGCGCGGCGCUGCCCGGCCUGCGCGCCCGGCUCGCACAGGAGCUGCGGUAUCUACUCACACAGCCACCCUACAACACGUCUCUCAAGGUGCCUCUGAUCAAGUUCCACCGCGCGGCGUCCCACGAGAACUGCGUGGCGUGGAGCGGCGGCGCGGCGCUGGCGGGGGACGCCCUCGCGGCGCGCGCCGUGCGCUCCCCGCGCCCCGACUGGCCCAGCCUCACGCACACGCACGGAUGAACACCUGAUGAUGAUGAUGAUGAUGAUGAUGAUACACGAGUUAACAACACACACACACACAGUCAUGCAGGUGGCGCCACUAUAGCUUUAACCUCUUUUGCGAUUGGUUGAUUCGCCAUUUUGUAACUGUAGGUACUUAUAUUUUGUAAAAUAUAACAUGAGUUCUGUGACACCUGUCGAAUACAUAAUUAUAUAUUUUGUAAAAUAUAGCAUAUGUCCUGUGACAGCUGUCAAAUACAGAUGUCAUACAUUUUAUCUGUCAUUUGUUUGUUUUCAAAAGCAAAACCAACUGUAUUUACUAGGCAUAAGGAUAUAAUAUGUCAAUCAAACUUCAUAUGGCUCAUGCAAAGUUUUACAAAGUAGGUGUAAAACGUGUAACACGCGCUAUAUACACAGAUUUAUGACACACACACACACACACUCUUGUUUAUCUAAGUUGAGCACUCCCGACAAACGUAUGGAAUGUAUAAAUUAUUAGUACGACUGCAAAGAGUAAGCAAAACAGUAUUGAAUACUAAAGGUUAUUGAUUCUGUUCUACCGUUUUGUAGCAACAAUGCCACAGAAGUUUACAUACUUGCAUUUUUAUUCAGGCGCAAUGAGAGCUUUAUGCAGAUGGCGCCACUUUUGCUUCGGCAGCCAUUUUGUAAACUGUAUAGGUACUCUGUUUUCAGGAACAAUGUGCGUGCUUCACACUUAACUAAAUAUAGUAUUUAUUAUUAUUUUAAUAUUAAUAAAUAAUUAUUAAUUUAAUUGUAAGGAAAAUAUUUAUAAAACCUUUUCUAUGUAAUAAAUAAACAAAUUUCAAACUAACUUACUGCUUUUUUAUUUUGAAAGGAAGCCUGCACCACUGCCUCAAUGCCACCGUGUAGCGUGUAGGUCUCUAAGGUGUUGGUAUUCUCAUGGAAGUAAUAAGUACUUACGUAUUACGUCCAUGGGUAUUUUCUACAACUCUACAAUUAUUAGAUUUUUCUAUAUCUUUGCUUGUUCUAUGGCGAGAGUGGUAGGAAAUGGGUAUCUAGUAUCUAGGAAUCAGUGAAGUUGUUAUUCUGAGGGGACGAGGAACUCGACUCCUUAGUCUAUUGCAGCGACAGCUGUUGCUAUGUCAAAUUAGUGUUUGUGUAUGUUUUUGUUUACAUUUUGUUAUAUGUACAAUUAUCAAACUAAUUCCUAAAUGAAUCAGGCAUUGAAACCCCAAUUAUGUUAUUCCUAUUUACACAUCAUUAGAAAACCUUACAUAUCCGCCCCACCCUUGCCCCCGGCGGCCAUGUUGCCCCCCCGCGCCCCGGUGACGUCACGCAUCCCCUUGCCCCAGGUGACGUCACUUGCCCCGUCGCCUCUCGUGACGUCACGCCGCCGCUGCUGCGUCGGCUGUCUCGCCAAGUUCCUCGACUCCUUCUUCACUCAUUACUUGUGAUGUUGAUCUGUUGAGUACAGUGGUUGUUUGUUUGUA